AUGACCAUCAACCCUACCUUCCUCGCGCAGCGGACGCGUUCCUCCGUCAACUGGGGUGAUGCCAAGUUCCGAGUCCUCAAGACCUACCGGGAGUGGCUGCGCGCGUCCCCCGAGAUCCAGACCAUGUACUCUUUGAACAUGCCCGUGUCCGCCAUCCGCACAAAGAUUCGCCAGGAGUUUGAGAAGCACCGCUAUGUCAGCCAGCUUCCCGUUGUUGAUGUGCUUCUCUUCCAGAGCCACGCCGAGUUCCAGGAAACCCUUAACUACUGGAAGCAGCUUUCGCACGUCAUGAAGUACUUCCGACCAGAGGAGGACCCCGGCGCCCGGCUACCCCGCAACUUUGUUUCCGGAUUCUUGGAAGGUCGCAAUUGA